UACUCCUAAAUAUUUAUAAAGGAUGUUGUGGGGUAAGCCUUAGUCUUUGUCAUUCAUUCUUUAACAAUAGCUCAGUUUAGCCUUUGAACAUCUGCAAUCUUCUCUUAUUCUUUCAAAGUGGCGAUCAUAACAUCAUUCAGCUGAUCUUGAAGAUUUGUGGCAGGCAUAAACCAGCAAUAAGAUGGCUUUCUUCCAAGCAAAUUUCAUGCUACAAACUCCUCAUCGUGAUGAUCAUCAACCUCCACCUUCGGUCAACUCAAUUCAACCCCCAUAUACACCUCAAGAUUAUCAUGGUGUAGCAUCCUUUCUAGGGAAGAGAUCUAUGUCAUUUUCAUCAGGAAUUGAAGUUGGAGAAGAAGCUAAUGCUGAGGAAGAUUUGUCUGAUGAUGAAUCACAGGCAGGGGAGAAGAAGAGAAGGCUUAACAUGGAACAGGUGAAGACACUUGAGAAGAGCUUUGAGUUGGGAAAUAAGCUUGAGCCAGAGAGGAAAAUGCAGCUGGCAAGGGUUCUUGGGUUGCAACCAAGACAGAUUUCUAUUUGGUUCCAGAACAGGAGGGCUAGGUGGAAGACCAAGCAGUUGGAGAAAGACUAUAAUCUCCUUAAAAGACAGUAUGAAGCUAUCAAGUCAGAUAAUGAUGCACUUCAAGCUCAGAACCAAAAACUUCAGGGAGAGAUAUUGGCACUGAAAAGUAGAGAGCCAACUGAAUCUAUCAACCUAAACAAAGAAACAGAAGGAUCAUGCAGCAAUAGAAGUGAGAACAGCUCAGAGAUCAAGUUGGAUAUCUCAAGGACACCAGCAAAUGACAGUCCUCUAUCCAUACAUCAGCCUAGUAGAACCCUCUUUCCAUCAACUGCUAGGCCUGCAGGAGUUGCUCAGCUUUUCCAAACUUCUUCAAGGCCUGACAUCCAAUGCCAAAAGAUUGAUCAAAUGGUCAAAGAAGAAAGCUUAAGCAGCAUGUUUUGUGGCAUAGAUGAUCAAUCUGGGUUCUGGCCAUGGUUGGAGCACCAACAUAUCAAUUGAAUCAAAGGGAGAGAGUUAAUUUAAAAUUGGAAUUGUAGUUUUCCUUGUGAAAUCAAGAGGGUGUCAAUCAAUUACCAUAUUUUGAAAACUUGAUGUAUAAAAUAGGAUAUAUCAAGUAUAAGUUUUCUGGUGGGGCUUGAAAAUUUUUACAUGAAUGAAUAAAAGGGCUAGUCACU